AUGGAUAAUUUAUUUGUAAUCUAUGACCCGUCCUUUUUGGCCCUGGUGUGGCCUAAAAUAAAGAACGGUGUACACCUGAGUUUAGAUAGAUAUUGUUGGGGUGAACUGAGGGUGCUUUUUAAGGAUUACUUGGACGGGCGAGCUUGGGCCUAUAAGACUGCCGAUGCCACAGGUCGAUAUUCAGCGUCAUUUUUUAGUGGGAAAAAGUUCUGGCUAGGAUCUAAAGAACAAUGUCGUUUAUUGAAUGAGGCAUACCAGUCUCGAGAAGAGAACGAGACGUGGGGAGAGUUCUACAGCGGGGACUAUCUUAACACCUUGUUAAAGAGAGAGAAUCGAUAUGGAAAUAAUCAUCAGGAUUGGCACGCUCUGGUGGAACGUGACGAAUUGAUGAAACGGGUCGUGAAGGCUGACAAUUCUCCCCCAUUUACUUUGGAAUACAGCACUCUACGAGUCGAGUUAAAUUUAACUAAAUUCUCACUUGCAAAGUCUUAUGAUGUUACUCUGGGCGUGUGCCUUCCGCGAUCAUGUACAGCUGAAGACGUCGUAUCCAUUAUUAACUUUUCGAUAAUGCUCAACGAUCAUUUAAAAUCGAACAACUCACUUAGCAGAUCCGUCAAGGUCACAUCCAUCAGACAAACACCAGGAUAUGAUAUAAAGGAGGACGUGGUCGCCGUUCUAACAAUUCUAAUAACUUUCAUAUUUGUUUUGCUAGCUUUUGUAGCCACUCUUGUUGAUCUAGAAAUAUUCGCCGUUGAACAUAAAACUCUUAACUUGGAAACUAAUAAAUUAAAAGAUAUAAAUGGCUUCGAAAGAAAACCCGAGUCGCGGCCUGUUGUAGUAGAUGCUGUUAUGAAGAACUCGUAUAACAUAAGUACAUUGAAAUUGAGUGAUCUGAAAAUGCCUCCUUCGAUUACGCUGGGCGUAGUGCCAAUGGAGGGAACGGGGAAUUGUACGCGCUGUGGAAAAUACAAAAAACAGUGCGCAAUCUCAAGACAAUUCGAGAGCCUGCCACCUUGUCCGAGAGUGAAGUACAAUUCUUGUGCGAGUUUAACUACGGAGUAUAAGAAGAAAAAUGGUUACUUAAAGAGUUUACUGCUCAGCUUCUCCCUGAAACACAGCUGGAUGAGAAUAUUCAAUACAAAUAUGGCGAAUAAGGAUUUGUCUGUGAUACAUGCUGUCAAAAUUAUCGCCACUUUGUGGGUAAUUUUUAUAAAUGUUGCGGUUACUGUUAGUUACAUUUCAGAAAGCGGUGAUAUAAAUGAAAAUAAAACAAUGUACAAUAUAUUAACAACUGGAACUCUCGCUUUUGACACAUUAUUUUUCGUAAGCGGUAUAUUCAGCGCGCACCAUUUUUUCUAUCUGAAAGGCAGAUACUCCGUGAAACAGCUGGUUGCAUGUGGCGGACCUUGUGGUCAAGCCUCACAGGUCAUUUGCUUCGUCACAAAUCGAAUAAUACGGUUACUACCGCCGUACAUUUAUACUAUAUUUCUAUCGACUGCGUUGGCGCGCGUAUCUGAGGAAAGUGCGACCCUGUCUUUCCUUUACAGCGAUUCUCGCAACUGUCAUAAAUUCUGGUGGAGAAACCUUCUAUAUAUCAGCAAUUACUAUCCAACUGAAGAACAGUGUAUGCAAAUAUCGUGGUACCUGUCGACUGAAGCCCAACUCCACAUAAUUGGCGCAUUUCUAUGUUUCUUACUAACCACGCAAAAAAAGCGCUGGGUUGCAUUUACUGCCGUACUUCUGCUAUUCAUCCCCACAGGCUUCGAUGUGUUCACUGCCUUCAGUGAAGUUGGUCACAGGUUUUCAGACGUAUUCAUGGCGUACGAUGUAAUCAUUUUAAGCCCGUGGUCACACGUUACGCCUUACAUCCUUGGAAUACUGACUGGCUGGCUUGUCUAUAGGAUCGAUGGACUUCUGACUGUUUCUAAGGUUUCUUCAGUCUGUUUGUGGGUAUCGUCGACCCUGGGCGCACUAGGCUCGUGUGUGGCAUCAGGAGUAGGGGUGGGCUGGCUUACAGCCUGGCUUCAUCUUGUCUGGCCCGCUGCUUGGAUCUGGCCGGCUUUGGUGUGUUCUACCAAGUUUGCUUACAAGACUCGUGAGCUUUUAAACAGCUCGUUAGUGGCAGGCGCAAGCCGGCUGUGUUAUUGUUCACUGUUGCUUCACGGACCGGUAUCGCGAUAUCUAUUGCUCAGUCUUGAUGCUGCAAUCUGCUCAAACUUCAUUUGUCUUUGGUGUUACUUCACCGGUAUCCUAGUAGUAACUUUAGUUGCAGCGCUGGUUCUCUCUCUUUUGGUGGAAAUGCCGACGUGCGCCUUCCUCAGAAGACUUGCGGACCUGGCUAAUCGGUGA